UGAAAGGUCAGAGGGCUGCGGAGGGGGCGGAGCGAGCCGGAGGCGGAUGGCGGCUGCGGCGUGUCAUCAUCUUCGGCAGCUGAGGUGCUGAAGCUGGGACGCGGCUUGGUGCGUCCGGCAGUGGGAGGAGAGCGGCGUCCGCUCCCAACAUGCACAGUCUGGCGACGGCUGCGCCUGUGCCUACUGCACUGGCUCAGGUGGAUAGAGAAAAGAUCUAUCAGUGGAUCAACGAGCUGUCCAGUCCUGAGACGAGGGAAAAUGCGUUGCUGGAGUUAAGUAAGAAGCGAGAAUCUGUUCCUGACCUUGCACCCAUGCUGUGGCAUUCAUUUGGUACUAUUGCAGCACUUUUACAGGAAAUUGUAAAUAUUUAUCCAUCUAUCAACCCACCCACCUUGACAGCACACCAGUCUAACAGAGUUUGCAAUGCUCUAGCAUUACUGCAAUGUGUGGCGUCACACCCAGAAACCAGGUCAGCAUUUCUUGCAGCACACAUCCCACUUUUUUUGUACCCCUUUUUGCACACUGUCAGCAAAACACGACCCUUUGAGUAUCUUCGGCUAACCAGUCUUGGAGUUAUUGGGGCUCUGGUGAAAACAGAUGAGCAGGAAGUAAUCAACUUUCUAUUGACAACAGAAAUUAUCCCUUUGUGUUUGCGAAUUAUGGAAUCUGGAAGUGAACUUUCUAAAACGGUUGCCACAUUUAUCCUCCAGAAGAUCCUUUUAGAUGACACUGGUUUGGCUUAUAUAUGUCAGACAUAUGAGCGUUUCUCCCAUGUCGCCAUGAUCUUGGGUAAGAUGGUCCUGCAGCUAUCCAAAGAACCUUCCGCCCGUUUGCUGAAGCAUGUAGUAAGAUGUUACCUUCGACUCUCAGAUAACCCCAGGGCACGUGAAGCACUCAGGCAGUGCCUCCCUGACCAGCUGAAGGAUACGACCUUCGCCCAGGUGCUAAAAGAUGACACCACCACCAAACGCUGGCUUGCACAACUGGUGAAGAACCUGCAAGAGGGUCAGGUCACUGAUCCCCGGGGGAUUCCCCUGCCCCCUCAGUGAUCCUCCCCCAUCCCCUCCCACUACUCCCCCCAAGUUGGGGGAGGGAGGGGAAACCUGCAAGGAAAACAGCUCAGGUUUUAUCGCCGACUGGGAAUAGACGACCUCAAUGCUGAACUGCACUGGAGAAAAGGGGCACGGUACCCCCGCUGAGGUGUAUGAGCUGCCAUCUCAGGCUGCCUUGAGGACCUGGGCUCCCUCUGCUACUCCCAGGAAACGGGUUCCUGACACAGCAGUCUGCCACCAUAGCCAAGGAGGGUGUCAACACCAGCAAAUGCUGUAUUUGCAGCAGGCCCACGAUGACCCUUCUCCCUCACCUCUACCCAGCCACUGGCGGGAGGGAAGACUGGUGGCAGCAGCAGCGCUCUAGGCACGGUGAACGCCUGGGACCAAACCAUGUGGCGUUUUCUUAUUUUGCCUUCCUGGAAGACUCAAGAUGUGUCACUUCAUCCUCUCUCUCAGUAUUUGUUUACUUUGGUUUUUUGUUUUUAAUCUUAGAGAGAGGUGUGUUUAGUGGACACAAGCUGUUAUAUUCAGCAAACCUUUGUCAGUUGGCACUGUUUACAAGUCUGUUAGCUGCAUAAGCUCAAUAAAAAGUUGGUCUGGGCAUUA